AUGGCAAGCACGACAUCCAUCACAUAUCCCGGCUCCAUUAGCAAUCCAACAUACGGUCUUGCUUUCUGCGUCUCAGGAUCAGUAUUGGUUUUCAUACUAGUAUUCGUAUGUUGCGGAUACGGGUGUCUCAAAGAGAAAACUGGAAGCUCAGAUCAGAAGGGAAGCAAAAAAGGAAGCUAG